AUGUACAUGCUGUGGCGGUUUAUGGUUUCCUCACCAGGUGGAAUCAUUGCAAAAAUCAGGUUUCCCUCCGUUGAUGGCUCAUAUACUUUUUGUAAAACCUGUAGUCGAGCAAUUAAGAAUGGGAAAAAACCGAAUAUAUGCCUAUCAAACGGUUUAGAUUUUCCAGACAUUCCGAGUUCUCUAAAAGACUUAACGUCGGUAGAGGAACGAUUGGUCACAGCUCGAUUACCUUUCAUGAUAAUCGUUGCGUUAGGUUUCGAAAGGCAAAGUGCUAUUCGUGGCGCAGUAGUUAACGUACCGAUAUCUGUUAGUGAAACAGUAACGUCCCUUCCAAGGAACUUUGACCAAGCACAGGUGAUUCAAUUGCAUCUUAAACGACGCAUGGCAUAUCAGCAUGAUUACAUGACUGAAACAAUAAGACCAGCGAAGGUAAUUGAUGCGGCCAGAUAUUUGAUUAACACCGAGUUGUAUAUCAAACAUGGAAUUUCAAUUGACGAAAGUUGGUUUGAAGGAUUUAAUUCUUCACAGGUCGUGCCUUUUGUGGCCAAUCAUGAAGACCGGGAAGCAAUUGACAAUAUUUUCCAAAACCAAGUAUCGAAUGAAGCCACUAUGGAUGAUAUUCCGCAUACCGAUGAAUAUGCAAUAGAAAAUCUCAAUCCAGGUGGCCAACAAACAAUGCUUGAGUGUAGAGCUGUUGAAAAUGUACCUCACCAACGAGUUGUAAUGGCUCCAGGUGAAGGACGCCGACCAAUAGAUAUGAUAAUUGAUGCUGAUUCUGAAGAGUUAGCAUUUGUAUCUAUCUAUUGCGGCAAAAAACGUUCCUGUGCGGAAUCGUAUUCAAAAAUUGUGCGCUCCGAGCUCCGACGUUAUGACAGACGAUGCUGUAGAGUGGAUAAAAUACUUUAUAGUUACAAAAAGCUAGAGCUUUUAACUAUUAAAAGUGCAAUGUCAAUCGCUCUGAGGAAACACACGCGAUCUGGAAAUGUUACUGCCAGAAACGCAUUGGAUGAUUCAUAUAUGAAUAGUCUAAUCCAACACGAUGACGGAUAUCGUAUUCUUAAAGGUAUAAGAACGUCACCAGCUCACUGGGAAGGUGAAAAGAAGAAAGCCGUUGCUAUGAUUAGACAAUUUGGCCUUCCGACAUUUUUCAUAACUUUAUCUGCAGCCGAAACUAAAUGGUUGGAGCUUUUAGUUAUCCUGUCGAAAACUGUGGACAACAUCGAUAUUUCUGAAGAUGAUGCUUCAAAUUUGUCCUUCUCAGAAAAAGCUCGAUUGAUUCGUAGUGAUGCAAUAACCUGCUCCCGAUACUUCGAUUUCCGUUUCCGGCAACUGUUUUCUCUAUUUAAAAUGAAUGAUGGGAUUUUCGAUGAACAUUUUGUGGAGAAAUACUAUUGGAGAGUGGAAUUCCAACAACGUGGAUCACCUCACAUACAUGGCAUGUACUGGCUAAAGGAUGCUCCUAAAAUAGACCUUACUAAUUCAUCUUCUUUUGCUUCUGUCAUUAGUUUCAUAGAUAAAUAUAUUUCUACUAAUGGAUCUGAUGAACAGUUACAAGAAUAUAUUGCUUAUCAGCGUCACAACCACAAUCGUUCUUGUACUAGAGAAUAUCGUGGUGAAAAGAUUUGUCGUUAUGGUAUGCCAUAUCCGCCGCUACCAGCAACAGAAAUUUUAUUGCCGCUUCCUGAAAACUGUGAAAAUAUUCAGGAAUUAAAAGAGAGCUAUGAUAGAAUUCAAAGCAUGUUAAAUGCAAAUUUGGAUUCAGAACAAAUCUCUCAAUUAAACAAUUUUGAAAAUUUCUUGUCACAUGAAAAUAUAAAUCUAACGUAUGAGAACUAUUUAUUAGCUCUUAGAUCGUCGCUAAAAAAACCUAAAAUUUUCCUAAAAAGAAGGUUCGAAGAUAAAAUGGUCAAUGCAUACAAUCCAACAAUAUUGUCACUGCACAGAGCAAAUAUGGAUAUUCAAUAUAUCCUAGAUCCUUAUGCGUGCUGUAGUUAUAUUAUUAACUACAUUAAUAAAUCCAAUCGUGGUGUAUCCAGAAUACUUCGAGAUGCUGUUGAAGAAAUUAGAGCUGGCAAUCAUUCCAUAAAGCAAAAGCUACAGCAUAUUGCCCAUAAAUUUAUCUCUGGUACGGAAAUAUCAGCUCAAGAGGCCACAUAUUGCUGUUUAGGGAUGCGGCUUUCAGAGAGUAGUAAUGCCGAGGUUUAUAUAAAUACUGGUCGACCAGAAGAGCGAGUAUUUCUGUUGAGACCUCGAGAACAACUACAAAAUUUGCCACCAGAUUCAUCAGACAUUUAUGCUGUUGGUAUUUUGGAACAUUAUGUUCAAAGACCAGACGAACUAGAGCAUAUAUGCUUGGCAGACUUCGCAGCAAAUUAUAAGUAUUCAAAAUCUCGAAGAUCCAAUAACAGGGAAGCAGAUUACGAAGAGCAAGAUCCUGAAGAAAAUGCUGAGCAAAUCUUACGCAUAUUUAAGUUAAAGGAUAAUAGUGGCUUUGUGCAGGAAAAAAUUAAACCUCAUGUUAUUCGUUACCGGCGAUAUAAUGUAAAUACUCACCGAAGCGACUAUUUUAGAGAACUCGUAAUGCUGUUCCAUCCUUGGAGAAAUGAGGAACUUGAUUUAUUGCAUAACGACAACGAAGCCACAUGCAUCGCUUUAAAAGAAAGUAUUGAGUUCAACCGAAAAAAAUACGAUGUCUUUGAGGAUCGAGAACUCGAAAAUAUUCUUCAGCGUCUACGAGAUGAAGACAGCAUUGAAGAUGUCAACGAAGAAGCAGGUAAUAUUGAUGAUGAAUUCAGAGUUCUUGGAGUACCAGAAAUAGAUCCAAACGUUAAUAUAUUAAAUACGGAGGGUGAUGGUACAUCGGCUGAAACUUCUGAAACAUCAUUGCGUAUUAUUAAACUUCCUCCUUUGAUUUCUGAGUCGGAUCUCCUGAAUAUGGUUCGCACAUUAAAUACGAAACAGAAGCUCUACUUGACACAUCUUUCCCACAAUAUAAAAUGUUCAUCCGUAUUUUAUGAAUUUGUUAGUGGAGGUGCUGGCGUCGGAAAAAGUAGACUAAUAUCAGCUAUUUAUCAAACAGUAAAUAGAAGGCUGAAUAGUAUACCAGGGUCUGACCCAACUUCAAUUAAAGUGCUUUUAACAGCACCUACAGGAAAAGCAGCUUUUGGUAUUGGCGGUGCCACAUUACAUUCAGUAUUUUCUCUUCCCGUCAAUCAGUCAAGCUCUGAGUUGAGACCAUUAGGUCCUGAUGCUUUAAAUUCAAUGUAUACUAAACUUAUGAAUUUAAAAUUAUUGAUAAUUGACGAAAUAUCGAUGGUGGGAGCAAAAAUGCUUUCAUAUCUUGAUGCAAGAAUGAAACAAAUUUUCAAAAGCACUGAAUAUUUCGGCGGUGUAUCCGUUCUUGUACUUGGAGACUUAAAACAGCUGUCACCCGUUGGCGAUCGUUGGAUAUUUGCAGCACCAACGACUGAUCCAUAUGCUGAAAUAUAUGGAACUACAACGUGGGAUAAAUUCAAAUAUUUUGAACUUACUGAGAUUAUGCGACAAAGAGAAGAUCAGUCGUUCGCUAUUGCCUUAAAUAACAUGGCUUCAGGGCAAAUGACAAAUGAUGAUGUUUGUCUCUUACGAGAACGUAUUGUAUCUCCGUCUGCCGUACCUGAUGAAGCGAUUCAUCUCUUUUGUUCUAAUGACGAAGUAAAUAUUUACAAUACAUUGAAGCUGAAUUCUAUUCCUACAGAAGAGGUUGUAUCAGUCGCAUGUGAUUUUGUCAAAUCCACUGGCUUAACAGACGAAAAUAGGAACCGGAUCAAGGAAUCUGUUAAAACGUUUAAAGUCUCUGAAACUCAAGGUUUACCAUAUCAGCUAAUACUAAAAACUACAGCUAAAUACAUGGUAACAGUAAACAUUGACACCAGUGAUGGUCUGGUAAAUGGAGCUACUGGUCAACUUAUGGAAUUCACAUUUGGUCUGUUCCCGUACAGCAAGAAUCUAACGAAAACGACAAAAACCUAUGUCGAUGAACACGACGAAUAA